AUGCCGAAGAGACUACGGACGGAAGAAUAUUCUUGCAAUCAAGAGGAUGAGAGGUCAGACUCCCAGGUGAUAGUGUGUAAUGAUCCUCCUUGUAGCGGUGCAAGAAUAAGCAUGCACAUUUACCCUUCACAUGUCGCUGAACAUCAUGAUAAUGUUUGUGCUGCAUGUAAUAAAAAUAUGAUCACUGAACGCAUGCUUCAGCUCCAUCUGCAGGAAUUGCACGAUCCCUUUAAUUCUAAUAAGGCUCUUGAGUGCUACGAGGCUGAUUGCAUGCAGCAGUUCCAGACGCAUUCCAAGCGAAGGGAACACCUGAUAACAGUACAUGAGUACCCAAUGAAUGCUCGCCUCGAUAUUGUAUAUACUGGAUAUAAUGAUACUACUACUUAG